ACCAGCAACGAAAAUAAGAAAUGGCUAACAGCAGAAACACCAAGCAGUAAUUACCGAUUUGUCAACACAGACACACACACACAGAGAGAGAGAGAGAGAGAGAGAGAGAGAACCCCAUGUUGGUGGUGUUCAUUUGCGUGUUCCUUUUAUUGUUAUUUUUAUUCAAAUUCGCCACCGCUUAUGGCGAUUUCACUUUGAUGUCCAAGAAGCAACCAAAGCGCCAUGAAAUUGAAGACAAGGUUUUCUGGAUUACUGGUGCUAGCCGUGGAAUUGGGGAGAUUCUAGCUAAACAGCUUGCAAGUUUAGGGGCCAAGCUAAUAAUCUCUGCAAGGAAUGAAGCUGAACUGAACCAAGUAAGGACACAGCUGAAAGGUAAGCAUGCACCGGUUGAAGUCAAGAUUUUACCAAUGGAUUUAACAUCUGGAGAAGAUUCUCUUCGGAAGGCUGUUGAGAAAGCAGAAUCUUUUUUUCCAGAUUCUGGUGUUAAUUACAUGAUCCAUAAUGCAGCUUUUGAGCGUCCGAAAACAUCGGCUAUAGAUGUAACUGAGGAAGGUCUUAAGGCAACAUUUGAUGUUAAUGUUCUGGGGACAAUAACUCUCACAAGGCUUUUGGCACCUUUCAUGUUGAAGAGAGGGCGAGGUCAUUUUGUGGUGAUGAGCAGUGCAGCAGGAAAGACACCUGCCCCAGGUCAGGCUGUAUACUCCGCUUCUAAAUAUGCUCUGAAUGGGUACUUCCAUACCUUGCGUUCGGAGCUUUGUCAGAAAGGAAUCGGGGUAACUGUUGUCUGUCCUGGUCCAAUAGAAACAUCAAAAAACUCUGAAGUGAACGUUUCAUCUGAGAAGCGUUUGUCGUCGGAAAGGUGUGCAGAGCUGACUAUUAUUGCUGCAACCCAUGGCUUAAAGGAAGUUUGGAUAUCAAAUCAGCCUGUGCUGCUUGUCAUGUAUCUUGUUCAGUACAUGCCAUCGAUUGGUUAUUGGCUCAUGGACAAGGUUGGCAAAAAUCGAGUAGAAGCUGCUGCACAGAAAGGAAAUACUUAUUCUUUGAGUCUACUGCUGGGAAAAAAGAAGGCAUCGUGAUCCUCAUUUGUGCUUGUUUUUCAAGGACUUGUAUCAAAUAUAAUUUAGUUGAAGGUUAUCUAUCAAACUGAAUAACACCUUAUCUGACAAUUGACAAGAUACGGUAUUUGGAAUUUCAAAUUGAACAA